CUACAAUUUUUUCUCUACAAUUUGACAUUUAUUUUUUUCUUUAACCAAAAUUUCCAAUGAUACAAUCAAUCGUUAAUAUAUUCAAGAAAAAAAUGUGUUGAUUUUUUUAUUUUUAAAAAUUAUUAUUCUCCGUUUGAUAUAUAUUUCUUUUAAUUUGAAACGAUAAAUAUUAUUAUUAUCAUGGAGCCAUCAAGUGUAAUGUACACUCAACUUCAACCAUGGAGUACAGUUGGAGCUUCACCAUGCAUGGAAAAAGUUGCUGGUUCAUCAGUUCCAGCGAGGGUUGGUGAGUUGUAUCGAACACCUCGACCACAUCCAUGGAGACCAACACUCGGCUACGAAACUGUACAGCUUCGUCCUCUCCAUCAUCAACCAGUUACAGAUCAGCUUAUGGAUCCUUGUUACACACCUCAAGGAAUGUCAACUGAACCAAUGACAUUUCCAAAUUUAGUUACUGGAUUUGCAAGAAAUCCAGGUCAUGCUGCUCGUGCAUCAUUGUACACACGUUAUACACCAUGUGAUUGGAGUCAAAAUCAAAUAAGACUAAAAAAUGAUGCUCGAGCAAAUUGUAAUCAAUCAGAUAAACUUAGAUCAUCAAUGGUUAAACUAAUGAGAGAAGCUGAUGAUUUAAUUACCAAUGGACAAAAAAAUGCUGGUCGUGAAUUGGGUAAACGAAUAACUGAUGUUAGUUUUUGGGAAAGAGAAUUGGCAAUGGAACUUGAACGAGUAAUCAUUGAAAAUAGUCAAAUGCAAGAAUGUAAAAGAAGACUUCAAAAAUGUAUUCAAGAUUUGGAAGGGCCACUUCAUAUUGCUCAAGAAUGUCUUUAUUAUCGAGAAGCUAGACAAGAAAUGGAACUUGUUCAUGAUGCACCUGAACAAUCAUUACUUCGUGAAGUUGAAAUAAUUCGUAAUUGCAUGAAAAAAUUAAAUAAAUUUAUAUCAAAAUGUGAUAAUCAGUUGACAAAUGGUAGAGCUGUACAAAAUGAACUUGAAUUAGAUAUUGCAAAUAAAAAUUCAGCAUUGGGAAUUGAUACAAUGUGUCAACAGUUGAAUAACUUUAGCAAAGGUUUGCAAUAUUUUGGUGGAAUUGAAAAAUAUAAUAAUUGUGUAAUUGAUGAACAAACUUGGGUUGAGGCAUGUGAUGCUAUUGUUAAACGAGCACAGGAAAAUCGAGCAGCAUCACAACAGCUUCGAGCUGAUGUUGAAAUUGCAAUUAAUGCAGUUGGACAAGAAGUUUGGGAUGCAUGGAGUGAAACAAAUAAUGCAUUGUCCCGAAGAGUUACUGAGAUAUUUGAGGCCAAGCAGAGUAUUCAAUCACAUUUACAAGAUGUACAAAAUGAUAUAUUUGGAAUUGAAAAAAAUAUUGAACUUAUACAAAAAGCAAUAACUGACAAAAGUGCUGCAUUAAAAGUUGCUCAUACUCGUUUGGAAGCUAGAUGUCAUCGUGUUAAUUUGGAACGUUGUUGUGAUUCUGUUAAUGGAAUUAUUAUCAAAGAAAUUGAGACAAUAAAUAUGCUUGUUCAUGAGUUACAUUCACGACUUCAAGAAUGUGAAGCUCAACAUCAAGAGCUAUUGAGAACUCGAGCUGCUUUGGAAAGUGAUUUAAAAGGAAAAGUUGAUGCAUUAUUUGUUGAUAAAGAAAAAUGCUUGGGAAUGAGACGAAGUUAUCCCAUACUUGAUACAGUUAAGUAUUAAUAUUUGUAUAUCAAAACAAAAAAAAAAAAAAUAAAUAAAAUUAUAAAAAUACUUGAAAUUGAUUGAAAUAAAAAAUAUUAAAAGACAAA